UAUAGGAUGACAGCAAUUUCCUUCUGUGAGAGAAAGGCAGAUGGAACCCCUCCCCUCCGCUGGUAGGCGUACUAACAGUGCCUCCCGAUCUAUCUACCCUAGGUAGGUAGGUAGGUAUUGAAAUGGCUUGAACCCCCCUCAAUCCACUCAGCCCGCCACCAUCUUUCAGUGUACCAACCCCUGGACAAUGCGCUAUCUACGGUCUGCUUUAGAGGACAGACAACCCGAAGCCUGGGCCAGAUAACUCCAUAGGUAGUGAAGUGCAUCUGUAAAAAAUUCAUACAUCCCAUCAGUCUCAACCUACGCGAUUCUUCAAUCAAUCAACACAACAUAACGCCGGCAUCUCCAUCACCUGGAACGGGUCUAGUCAUCUCAGGGUGACUUAUUGAGUUCUAGGCCACAUCCGUUUUGAUGCAAAACGGAUGUUGUCGCUGUCUAUGCUAUGACUGAGGUUGUGCCCGCCGACCGCACCAGGCUUCUGCAAUCAAAGCGGGCAGAAUGCAGUGCAAUUGCACGGUCGCGCAAAAGGAAGCUCUGCAUCCUCUAUGAGGUGACGGUUAGCCCCGACGCCCUCCCCAGGCGCAGCUUCAACCAUGUCGACGCGUAUGAAUGUACGCCAGCCGAGAAACAGUUCCUCGAUGGUUGCGACAUCCUGCAGGGACGCACCCUCAACGAGUUGAACAUCCCUACACGGCCUAGGGUAACUGCUCUCUAUGCUCAGUAUUUUCCUUCCCAGAAUGCGCCCAGUGUUCCAAACGAGAUUAUUACAAGCGCGAAGCGGCCUAUUAGCAUUCCUCCUAGCAGUGGUGUUCAGCAGUCAGCUCUCUCUCCAACAAAUCUAUCAACACCACCAUCGUUGCCAAUAGCUAAUGAGGCACAACCGAGACCGAUUCCCCGGGCAGUCGCCGCCUCUGGAUCAACAAAACCCUUGCAUCAAGCCAGCUUCACUAACCUGCCUAACAAUGUUCGCAUCACAGGGCCAGUUACGCCGAAUGUCGCGUCGACCCCGACGGCUGGGAGCGCGGUCGACAAAAAGCUGCAGGCACAAGCAACACCGUUCAAAGUUGCGCUCACAAUGCAAGAUGGAAUCUCUCAACCCAACAGGUCAAUACCGAAGAGCAUCACAUUGCCGACUAGCACACCGAAUCCUUCGCUACAAUCCGACGGCUCUUUUCGACCGUCUCCAGUGUUGCAGUCCAUGCAAGACCCACCGAGGGUAAAGCAACAUCCAGACCAACCACCAAUUCCAUCUAUGCCUACUCAAGCAGAUGUAUCGGUACCUAAUGGCACAGUCCCCGGCGCAUCUCUUCAACCUCAGCCUUCUCCCGAGAUCCGUCAGCGUUCAUUGUCGCCCGCUUCGACACCAACCGCACCCAUCACAACUAUCCCCAACAUAUCAACUACUGCAAACUCGAGUGACAAUCGUAGGAUACACACAGGGGUAGAGAAUGGCAUUGCCAGCAAAGAACGAAAUGGGCGCACAUCCGAAGGCCACUUAUUAACUAAUACCCAACCAGCCCAAUCAGAAAUUCAUUCAGCUCAUCCUACUGGGUCGCAAAGCAUUGGCGCGCAAGUUGAAGCCCAGUUAGUACGCGAUUCAGCUGGUAAUCCAGCUGCUAGCCCUAUGAAUCGCUCUAUCUCGGCGGUCGAAGACAAGGGUGCUCAGGUACAAUCAAUACCGCCCUUCCCGCCUGAUACCCAUCCUGUUGUUCUCAGGAUAGGCCAGGAUAUAUCAGGGAUACCUAAGGCUGAACCCUCAGAUAAUCCCCCUAGUGGCCCACAAAAAGUCGAGGUUGGAUUGGGACACAUGCCGCAGCGGCAAGAGAACGCCGCCGACGACAAGGCUUUCGGACAUAAGGAAAUCGCUGGUGUAGAUGAUGGCGCAGAAAAUAAUAUCGACGAUCGUACAAGGGGAGAGCAGAUUGGUUCUUCGAAUAUGCAACAGCCUACGCCUGCUGCAUCAACGUCUAUUCCCACGCCAGUAGAGACCCAGCCCCGUCCGCAAGAUGUUGUUGGUGUGACAGAUGUUGCACUUCAAAAGCCAGUCGCUGAGAUCUUGGGAGAACGACCGCAACCUAUAUCAGAUUUGCUAUCUCCAGAUGAUUCUCAAGUCACUCACUCUAUGCCUAUAACUCCGACUUCCCAGUCUUCUAAGGCGCACCCCCAGAGUCUGAUCAAUAAAAGGAAGAUGAGGGAGAAGAGUAGACUUGCGACUGUGGUGUUUGGUAAACAAGUUCCUCAAGCUUCGAAAUUCUCCCAGUCUUUAGUGCAGGGUCGUGCGAAACCUGAUCAACUUCCGAGCGAUGACUAUUAUACCACUCUAUUUGUAAAUGGAUUUGCGGCCGGACCUAGCUGGAUGAAGCCACUUGAUCAAUUGUUGCACCAGGCACACAAGACCGUUUCAACACCUGAUUCCUAUACACAUAUCCUAGACAAUCAAGCUUGUCGAAUUCUGCGCCGAGUGUAUCAACUACAGCACACUGAUAAAUGGUCUCUGCGACAACCUAAGCGCUGCCCAGAGCCAACACGGCAGGUUUGUCACUGGGAUAUAAUGUUACAAGAAAUGAAAUGGAUGCGAACCGAUUUUCGAGAAGAACGUAAGUGGAAGAUGGCAGCUGCAAGUAACAUGGCGCACGCCUGCGCGGAAUGGGUCGCUGCUUCGGAUGAAGAGAGAAGGGCACUUCAAGUAAAUGCGGUAAUUCCGCGUCGAGUGACAAAGCAUGCUGAUGAUACCUUGAUGACUGACGCUCCAUCGUCUCAAUGCCCGGAAAAUCAUCCGACUCCUGACCUUAUUCCUUCUGGGGGUACUGAUUCGCCAUUGGAACCCGACGAUGAGUUGGAUGAUGGUUUCUCAAACACGAUAGCGCCAUCUGCUAUUUUCGCACUUCAGGACGAUGACAUAGUCUUCUCUUUACAGCCGUCUGCUGCGACUGAUCGGUUGCUAGAGGAGCUUCCUAUGUAUGGGGCUCCUCUGAAAGUACCCAAAUCUGAUUUGAUCGCCCCAGAAUACGAUCCAGACGCCUCAUGGAAGAGGCCUGCACUUCCGUUGAGUAGGUUCGUUGAAGGUCAAAUGGAAUUGACAUCAAAUGAGCCCCCAAAGAAAAGGAGCCGUUUUCAGCAUGCCCAAGAAGAUGCGGACGAUAUAAAGCCCCCCCAACUGCUGCCGGAAAACCCUGGGGUUGCGCUUUUCCGCCCAGAGAACAAGACCAUCAAAGACAGGCUUCAUGCAGGCCAUCAGUUCCGCCCCCCUAGCGAUAAUAUGCCCUUUCAGGCCUUUUACGAAUCACGCAGCUCCUCCCAAUGGACCCAAGCCGAAGACGAUGAGUUGAAAAGCUUAGUGCGAGAGUAUUCUUACAAUUGGAGCCUAAUAUUUGGCAUCUUGUCGGCCAAGUCCAUGUAUGUGUCAGGUGCAGACCGUCGUACUCCUUGGGAAUGCUUUGAGCGCUGGGUUAUGCUUGAAGGUCUCCCUAAUGACAUGCAAAAAACCCAAUAUUUCAAGUUGUGGCAAAGUAGGAUUGAGCAAGCUCAACAACACAUACGCCAACAAAACCUCGCAGUGGCACAGCAGCAGCAAGCACAGCAACAACAGGCACAACAGCAAGGCCAAGGACAACAAUCACAGCAGACACAACCUCCUUCGCAAGCAACUCCAAAUGGCCCCAGUACACCUCUUCCCCGCCGUCGCCACUCCUUGCCCGUGAAAGUAGAACGACGGCGUAAUCAGAAGCACCUCACCAUGAUUGAUGCUAUGAGAAAGCUAGCCAAGAAGCGAGAAACUGCAGCUCAAAAACAACAGCAAGCUGCUCAGUUGGCUGCUGCGAGAAAACCAGCCGACGUCGCUCAACCCAAAGCACCAACGAAGACACCGAGAGAGUACAGUAUCAUGCGAUGGGAGCGGGAUCAAGCGAUGGCCGAAAGAUUGGCGGAAAGGAUGGCUCAGCAGCAACGCCACGAGGCACAGCGCAGAGUACGAGCCGGCACCAACGCUCCUCCAAUUAAGGCUAACGUCCCGUCACAGGCCGUGAUUCAAAGAGCUCAGCAAAAUCAACACAAUCAUAUGACUGCGACUACUCAGCCUGCAGGUCAACUUCCACAGGCUGCACAGCAGAUGGCUGCCUCACAUCCCCAUGCUGGAAUGACGCGAAUGAAUAACUCGAACCACACUGUUGCUAAUGGCCAGCCCCGUCCUCGCAUGCCCAUACCUAUGGUCUCGACCCCAACCGGAAAUGAACACCAAAAUCAUCUACCUGGAGCUCUCGUCCCUCCGCAAAUGAAUGGCUCUCCACAAAUACAGAUGCCUGUCGUCAAUGGACAAGCACAAAUGUCCAUGCCCGGUACGGCGCAUAACAUGCACAUGUUACUCCAAGCUCGGCGAAUUUCAGAGCAACAACGGCAGAUGAGGCAGCACCAACAACAACAACAUCAGCAGCAGCCUCAGCAGCAGCACCACCACCACCAGCAACAGCAGCAACAACCUCAGCAGGCUCAACCUCAUCCUCAGCAGCACGUACACCCACAUCCGCAACAACAGUCACUGGCACAGCAACAAGCGCAGCAACACGCAAGUCAGCAAGCAAACCCACCUCUACAAAAUUCGCCCCCAGCUAUGCGUGCUGCUGCUAUUAACGGCAUAAAUCAGAAGAAUUAUCUAAAUAACGCUCAAGUGCAAGCUAUGAUGGCGUCGUUCAAUGCGACGAACGGAUCAGGUUUAUCAACCCCUCCAACAACUGGGUUCAACGUCACCCCCGGACAGUCGGGAUCACCACGGCCAAACCUCAUUAUACCCCCGCAACAGCAUCAAACUUAUCUCUCGCAGCUUCAGCAAAUAGAAAGCCAAAUACGAUCAAGCCAUCCGGAGACGCCACAGGACCGGAUAAGAGAAAUGGCAAAAACGUACCUGCAGAAUCGACAUAAUAGCAUCGCACAAUCUGCGAUAAAUGCCGCCGCCGGCAGCCCAGGGCAAGCGGCCGCUGCUAAUGGCCCGCAUCAGUAUGCUCAACUCCUUCGGGCCCAACAACAGCAACAGGCGGCGGCAGCAGCGGCUCAGGCUCAGGCUCAGGCACAGGCUCAAAUCCAAGCACAAGCACAACAGGGACCGAUCCCUCAACCGAAUGCUCAACAUCACCGAAACUCAAGUGGCAGCGCAACACCUACCCCAUCAAGUAUAAAGCCGUAGUGAACCCUAACGCCGGAAGCUCUUUUACAAUAAUAAACUGGCGCCAGGCAUAGUGUUAUCGAUUUUAUUCAUUCAUGUAGCAUAUAAUGGAGAUUGGCGUUGUGUCUUGCCCUGGUUUGAGUAGACUCAUGGCAAUAUGCGCCACGAUUGGAGAUAAUCAUCCCGAUCCACCCUGGCUUGCCACUGCAGGUUCAAGUAACGUGAGACGACGAUACGUUAAUAGAAAGAAAGUUAAUAUGAAGUCUAUGUACUCAUCAACAUUGCUUAUUAAACAUUCUGAAGUGCUGUGACUGUUGUAUAGAUGUAACCGUGAACAUGCCUACCUACAUGUACUUAGGUACAUUCAUAGAGAGCAAGCCUUAGGUGAGGUGUUGAAUAAAACAACAUGUGCUAAUCGAUAAG